AUGCACCGGAGACCUAGACCCACUGACACCCUGCUCCCCUCCCCCCGGGACUGGCGUGGUUAUCCCGGUCCAACCCUGAGAGGAUACGCAUAUGCAAAGACCCCACAGAGGGAGACACGCGAGCGGCGAGGCGAAACGCUGCCCUGCAGAAUGGCUGCCGCUGUGUGUGCCCGACACGCAGAACUGCAUGACUACAUGGCAAUGCUGGAUAAUCUAUUCGCCAAAUUCUGGAAGAAGAUGGCAGCUAGGGAGCAGCUACCUGAGGCAUACAAACCGGCUAAAUGCUCACCCAUGGCGCUGCCAAUACGCUCCCAAUGCAGACGCAUAUUCCCUUCUGCAGGCAGAGCCCGAAAAUGGCACCUAAAAAGACGAGGCUCCCUGCGGGCCCGACGACGGGGCUCCGCAGACACAAACACCCUGCAAUACCCAGCCCAUAAACACGGCAUGCAGGGGGACCCUCCAACACCAACAUCCAGCUCAGCAAUGGGACCCGGCAUUGCAGAAGAGAUACAGGAGGCACCCUUCGAGCCUCAUCCACCUACUCCACGUGGACACAAGCCCCCACUCGGAACAUACCACUGGGCACACUCCUAG